AUCUGAUAAAGGAUACACGAUAGAGGACUUUCUUUCAAAUAUUCAAUAUCAAAGUAGCUGUUUACCACGUGACCAACAUUUUAAUCAGGAAGGAAUGGCUGUCCUAAAAAUGAAACCAGCUUUUGCCAAGAUCUCAUAAACAAAACUUUUUACCGUCUGUUUUUCUUUUCUAAUUGAAUUGAAACACCACAUUGAGUACCACGCAACCUGACCUGACAUGGUUAACCUUUUAUUGCCAUAUUCAUGGGCACUGCUGCUCUUCAGAGGAAGAUUGCUUUCUAUGUGAUACAAGGAAAAUAAUGGAGGACACUUCAAAUCCAGUUCCCAAUCUUUCUCCAAGUUCUGAUUAUGCCUUAAAUGCAUUUCUUUUGGACAUUGCAAAUGAAAUUACUGAUGAAGAACUUGAAGAUCUUAAAUUUCUUGUAUCAGGCGACUACGGGAUCUCCAAAAGGGCACUUGAAAAAAUAACGAGACCAAUUCAUUUGUUUACAGCACUCCGAGAACGAGGUCUUUUAAAUUCUAAUAAUCUGCUCACAUUGCAGUCUAUGUUAUGGCAUAUCAAAAAAAGAAAUCUUCUUCAAAGAUAUGUAGAUUUUGCUGAAAAUAUUGGAGUUCCAUAUUUUGUGGUUCCAAAUGACACCCCAGAAAAUGGAUAUACCUAUGUGCAUUUCCAUAUCAAGGGUAAAGGCCUUUGUCAGCUCAAGCGUACUCAACUAGAAGAACUGAGGAUGAAGAUAGCUGAAAUCCUGCAUGUUCCCCCAAAGUUCAUCAUUAUCGCUGGAAUUCAAGCUUCCAAUAGUCUUGUUAUUACAUUUAUGGUUCCGAGGGAAUUCACAUAUCUCCUGAGGCACUGCAAAACUGAACAUACACCCGUUUUCCAUCUGCUUUCUGUUGAUAAAUGGAUUAUGGAUGAUAUUACGGUCAUUGUGGAAGGCAGUAAAAUGGAAGAAGAGAAGCAUACUUCAACUCAGAUGGAAAGGGAAGCUCAAAAAGCUAUACAAAGAUACAAGCAAAUACAAGAGGCGUUGGACACAAAAGAAGAAGAGUUUGAAAAUUUUAAGUUAAAUGUCUGGUUUGCAACCAUUUUCUUUUAUGAAAAAGCCUCUGUGGAUCGAUACAAUCUGCAUCUUCAAAUGAAAGCGCUUUUGGAAAAAACUCAUUACAGCUCUUUAGAUUCUUUGCAAAAGACAUCAGUUCUUACAUACUUUCGAUACAUGUUGAAAGUCGUUCGAAGGAGGGGCUAUGACGAAGAUGUAAUUUCUUCACUCCUGGAAGCACACUCCUUAGUAUUUCAGUGGCAAAGAAGAGAAAAGAAAGACAUUCUUAUCAACGAUCUCCAGUUAGAAAUUCAAAGGCUUCAGCUUAAGCUUCGUGACCUUCAGGUUGAUUUGACAGUGUUAAAAUGGCAAAAGGAUAAACUUGCAUUUUACUUCGGUAUCAAGGAAAAGCAUAGAAUAUUGUCGGCUAGUGAAGAAUUCUUCUUAACCGUCAUUUGUGGGAGAAUUCCAAUUGCAAAAAUAGGUGUAACCCCGGAAUGUAUGGAAUAUAUUUUCCGUAAUCUCGCUCAUGACAUAACAAAAUCUAAUAUGAAGGCAUUGAUACGAGAAUCAACACUCACUGGGAAGGAGUUGGAAGAGAGUAAACAUUCAGCCUAUGCGUUGUUGCAGAACACAUUCAGACAAAAGAAAACACAACUUGGACAAAGCUUUGAAUUCGGGCAAUUUCUCAGAGAGUUUUUUAAACCUAUCCAGAGAUCUGGUCUCGAGCAGAAAGCAUCUCAUUACUUAGGGAGGUAUCAUUUUGAAGAGCUUUUAAAGCAAUCCCAAAUUAGUGAGAAGUCUGCAGAACCUCAGAUUCAACCUGGAACACCUAAACGACAGAGAUAUCACUCUGAAUCAACAGUUGGAAAGCGUGAGGAAAGUCUCCCGAAUUCUCUGGAAGAGCGUUUGACAAAAAUCGAGGGUAUGCUAGAACGAAUUGAAAAAUCUUCCAGUGAGUUACAUUUAAAUCCACUUGAAAAAUACGAGUCAAUGUUAGAAUCAUCGGGGGUGAAGUCUAAAUACAAAGGGCUGUUGAUGCCUGAUCUAUUUCCACUUAAUAUUUGAUACAAAUUAUGAAUGCAGUGUUUAUCAAUAUUUGUGGAAAAAAAACAAUUUACAUGUAUAAUGAUCAUGCUUGUCAGUUAUAUAGCUUGAGCUUAAAACUUGACUGCUGAACCUAUGCACAUUUCUUUUGUACAGUGAAUUUUUUAGCAAAGAAAAAUAAAUUUCAUUGUGUCUGUGACCCAGUGAUUAAAAGGUAUUCAAAACUGACUAAAGUAUUGGAAUCUCAAAGAAUAAAGCAUCUUUUCUCUAGAACAUCAAACACUCAAAUUGUUAGUUAUAGCCUGAUUGUACAUGUACUCAGUAAUUAACAGUAAUCCAUCAACCACGAUUGUGAAAUACAUGGACAAGGAUUCGGGGUUUUUAGUGAAAGGGUGAGAAUCAAUAGAUUAUCUAGUGAAAAAUUGAUAUUAUUUUUUAUAUUUUCCUAUGUAAUAAAAUAAAGAAAAGCAUAAAUAAAAUGAGCAAGGAUGCCUCAUCCAAAAUUGUGAGAUCCAGUAAAUGGACCAAUGCUUUUGGUGUUAAGGGAUUUCUCUGUUGAUCACAUAGUGAAAGCAUAAAUUCUUUUAGAAGCCUUAUACUCUUUCUAUGGGUACUUAGCUGAUAAAUUACCAGAUGUGAGUCCCUAGUUAUGAAAUGGUUCUUCUUCUAGAAAAUUGGUCAGAUUUAGAAAUCACACAGGGCUCUAUAUGUAGUGUAAUGUAAAGGGCAAGGGCUCUGAAGUCAUGGUGAGGCUUUAUUAUGAUAAUUUGGGAAAUAUGGAAAAUUUACAUCUUUUAACAGACGCUGUUACCCCUUUUUAAUCAUCAAUACUUAAAAAUUGUUAUAAAUUAAGUUAGACGUAAAGAAUAAUAAGGUUUUUAAUGGACAGAUAGACUUGUAAAUGAUAAAAAAAUUAAAAUAAAAAAAAACAACAUGUUAAAUUUGUACAUGACGAGUAAUUCAAAAAGGAGGAGCUUUAAUUGUUAGGAGGUUAUGCUAAGUGUCAUACGAUAAAAUGUGUUAUUAAGUUUGGCAAUUGUGUACAUGUAAGAGUGUAGUAAAAAAAUGGCGCGACUACCAGUAAACACAUUUCAGAGUUGUGUUGCUAAUUAUUAGGCUAUUUUGUUUUUUGAUCGCCCUGCUCUUGUUUUUUUAAGCAACAAAUAUAUCAUAUUUUUUGUUUUAUCAUACUAGUAUGUAUCUAAUGAAUUGUCUUUAGCUUGGAUCUUUAAAAUAGUUGAAUUAUACUCUGGUGACCGUUAAGGCCUAUGGGCCUACUGUACUUUAAGGAUUAAUGCAAUAUUGGAGAGUAAAAAUGAGGUGUAAACUUGUCAAUGAUUUAAAAAUCAUAUAUAUUAGAGAAAUGUGAUGAAAAAAGAUAUGGAGAAAAUAAUCCGUAAUGAAACUCGAGACACCGUCGAAAUAAUAAACUUGGAGGCCACAGCAACGAACCUCUUAAAUAUCAGAGUUGGGAUCCGGUGCCAUGGAGUAAGUAUCUCCUGGCGAUCGAUAGCACCCCGAGUGCUUUCGAUAUAAUCAGAAAAAAGAAAAUCCGUAGAACGAUUCCAUGCAUGUGUAAAUAAUAGUCUAACAAUUAGUAUUAAAAACGUCAGUCAGCAUUUGACUUAAUGAUAGAUUGUAUUUGCUGACAAGGUCAUUUUAUCAACCAUUAAACAUAUUGACAUACUGUUGAUAUUCUCGUUCCAUCAAUUUGUUUAUCAAUAGAUUGCCUAGUUUUGGAAAUUGCUUGUACGUAGAACAUGUUCUUGAGUGUCAAUUAACUGUGAAACAUUGUCGUAUGCAAGUGAAAAGGGUAUAAUAUGCUACUUAAGGAAGGGAAGUUGAGGUUAGAAAAAUGGAAGUCUUCACGUUUAUUAUAAACUUUUGUAUUUAUGUUAAAAAUAGCACAGCGUUAUAGUAAAAUAUCCAAAUAUGAAAAUUUAUAUAUUUAUAUGUUAUACUCUGUUUUAUCUUUAUUUUCUACUUCACUGGAAUAAAUUGAAUUGACAUAUGAAUAGAAAUUACAAUUGUUAAUAGAUCAGUUUAAUUAUUUUUUUCUCAUAAAAUGAAAAAAAGGACUUUGUUUUAUUCUUUAUUUAUUUAUUUAUUCAUUUUUGAGAGGAGUGUCAUUUUGUUUCUCUGUAGUCUGUAACUUCUUCACUACAUGUAAAAAAAAAACAA